CUUCGGCAAUAAGACACCGGAGGAUGCAGCAGGAGUGACUUUCGAGGCACCUGCGGCUGAAGGCGGGUCUAUAGGUGCUAAUCUAGCCAUGGGCUUUCGACACUUGUUCGGGGCGGGCGUUCCAGUCAACUGCUCGGCCGCCUUGGCGGCCUACAAGGAAAUGGCGGAGAUCACCAUGAGGGAGCAUAAUUACUAUCCGGACCUCUUGCUAGACAAAGAUCUGCAUCUAAUCAGUCUGCUUGAGUCCCGGAAGGCGAACGGCAAGAGCGACUCCGCGAUUCGCACGGAGCUCCUGAAAGAGGCGGCGUCCGGAAAGAGCGCGGAGGCCUUGUUUGAGGUGGCGAAGAUGUACGAAACCGGGGCUUACGGGAUGGAGGAAGACGAGGACCAGGCUUUUGACUUUUAUCUGGCAGCUGCUGAGAAUGGGCACGCGGGAGCAAUGACCCAGCUGGGGAUGAUGUACGCGACGACAAGCGGGCCCCACAGGGACGGGGGGGAGAGGGCUUCUCAGUCAUCACUGGCCGAGGAUUUGGACACCGCGAUCGACUGGUUCGAGAAGGCUGGUGCUCUCGGCGAUCCUGGGGCGCUGAAUGCGAUAGCAUACCUGUACUUGCACGGGAAGGGCGUGGACAGGGAUGUGGCCAAAGCGGCGGAGCUCUAUCGGACCGCGGCUCAAGCGGGUCACCCCGAAGCACUACUCAACUGGGGAGAGCUCUUGUUGAGAGAUGAAGCCUUCGAGGAGGCCUUGGAAGCAUUGCACCAGGCAGAAGCACAAGGACAAAUUCUGGCGUCGUUCCGCCUGGGCCAGCUCUACGAGGAGGGCGUGGAUGACUUCUAUUUCCCCCAAUCCUGCGAGUCGGCUGCGGCCAUGUACAAGCGCGCGGGUGAGAGUGGAUACUGGAUAUCGGGCGUGCGGUACGGCAUCGACCUUUACAAAGCCGGGCUUAUGGAGCAUGCCGUGACGUUUCUCGCCAUGGCAGCGGAAGAAGGCUACGAGAUCGCUCAGGCGAACGCGGCCUACAUGCUUGAACACCGGAUGGGCUACUCCUUGCCUGACGCCGACGACCUGGCUCUGCGCUUUUACGACCGUGCUGCGCUUCAAUCCCCCGACCAUUACUUCGCCCUGGGAAACCUCAUGCUGAGGAUGGAGAUGGAGGGUAAAUCAACGAGCGCGGUGCCGGGGCCUGUCACGGGUCUGCGACAGGCUAUGGGGUACCUGGAGGAGGCAGUGGAGAUGGGCCAAGUGCAGGCAUUGAGGAAGCUUGCCGAGAUGUACGAAGUGGGCGAGGAGGGUGUGCUUGCGCAAGACACCGCGAAGGCUUUAGGCCUCUAUAAGCGCCUGGUGACUUUGCUAUCGCGGAGUCAACGGAGCGAGAGGGCCCAAAAAAUUGGCAACAAGCUGUCGUGGUCCUCUAUGAUGGACAUAGGGAAGCUGCAAUGGAAGGUAACAAGCCUGUCAGCGAAGUCCGGCCUCGCAAGUGUCUUACAUGGGGGAGAUAAGAAGGAUGGCGAGAAGGCGCAAGAGGGUAUCUUGGACGUGGAGGGACAAGUAUCCUCUGCGGCGGAGGGACUUUGAAUUUUGAAUGUCUUUAGGGGCCAGUCGAGGGAUAUAAGGCGAUGAAAGAGAGGAGCUGCCAGAAAAAGUAUGACUGCAAGCUUGGCGGCGCUCAAAGUACUGAGUAAUUUUAGCAAUGGGAGAGAAUGGUGUGUUUGUUGACUUCCUAGUGCAGUAGUAGGGAAGAUCCGAUGGUCCUCGUGGCAAUGCUCCCGGGCCGAGGUGUGUGAAGGCUACUAGACAAAGCGCAGAUAACCUUAGCUUUAUGAACGGGCACAAAAUGAC